AUGCCGCAGCAACCUCAGUACAAUGACCCGAACGUGCAGCAAGCGGGGGUACAGUCGCCAUACGCACAGCCUCAAUAUGGCACGCCUCAGGAUGGAUACCAGCCGCCACAACAACCGCAGCCGCCCGCCUUCUCAGCACAGGGAGCUGCAAACAUGCUGCAGCAAGGCGUACAGGGUGUGACGCAGCAGUUCUCGCAGAUUGGCCUUGGAGGCGGCACUCCGGCACCACAGCCCGCGCAGCAACCGCAGUCUCAAGUGCGCCUUAACCCUCUCCAGCCCGUCGACAUAAGCCCGCAAGGCCAACCCUUCCAUGUCGCUGAUCUAGAUCAACCGCCACCUCCGAUUAUACUCCCACCGAACUCGUCCGUCACACCUUCACCGCACGCCAACUGCCCACCGAAAUAUGUCCGCUCUACACUGAACGCCAUGCCUACCACCUCAUCACUUCUCAAGAAGAGCAGGCUGCCUUUUGCGCUCAUAAUCCAGCCGUAUGCGAGCCUUCAUGAUGCGGAAGACGACGUGCCAGUCCAAUACGAUCAAGUCAUUGCGCGAUGCAGAAGAUGUCGCACGUACAUCAACCCAUUCGCCAGCUUCCUCGACCAUUCACAUAGAUGGCGGUGUAACAUGUGCAACCUCACAAACGACGUACCGCAGGCCUUUGAUUGGGACAGCGCAAAGCAGCAGUCAGUGGAUCGGUGGCAAAGACCCGAGCUUAAUUACUCAGUCAGCGAAUUCGUUGCGCCCCAAGAGUACAUGGUGAGAGCGCCUCAACCGCUCAUCUACCUCUUCCUUUUCGACGUUAGCUACGCCGGAGUGAGCUGCGGUCUAUUGGCUACUGCCGCACGUUGCGUGCUGGAAAGCCUGGACCGGAUACCGAACACCGAUCGGAGGACGCGCCUUGGCUUUAUGGCCGUCGAUAGCUCACUGCACUACUUCCAGAUUCCUCGAGAUGGGAGUGAAAGCAACGAGGCGAGGAUGCUUGUGGUCAGCGACCUGGACGAGCCUUUUCUGCCUACGCCCGAAGACUUACUGGUGAACCUUUCUGAGUGCCGAACCAACGUUGAGACCUUCCUUGAGAAGCUGCAGAGCAUGUUUGCGAACACCACCAACGGGAGCUCUGCUAUGGGUUCUGCAUUACGAGCCGGCCACAAGCUCAUCAGCCAUGUUGGUGGUAAAGUUGUCGUCCUUUCGGCGAGCCUCCCGAACAUCGGCCAUGGCCAGCUUACUAUGCGCGAGGACAAAAAGCUGCUCGGCACAUCGAAGGAAAGCAGCCUUUUGCAAACACAGUCCGCCUUCUACAAGAGCUUUGCAGUAGAGUGCAGCAAAACGCAAGUCUCGAUUGACAUGUUCCUGUUUAGCUCGCAAUACCAGGACGUAGCGUCACUUAGUAAUCUCCCAAGAUAUACCGGCGGUCAGACUUACUUCUAUCCUGCAUGGAACGCCGCAAGGACCGAGGAUGCCAUCAAGUUUGCGACCGAGUUUAGCGACUACCUGUCCGCUGAAAUUGGCCUCGAAGCCGUUCUGCGUGUACGAACCACAACCGGCCUCCGACCCAGUGCUUUCUACGGCAACUUCUUCAAUCGCAGCAGCGAUCUUUGCGCAUUUCCGGCGAUGCCGCGCGACCAGGCGUAUGUGGUGGAGAUCGCGAUUGAUGAGACGGUCAGCAAGGCGUUUGCGUGCUUGCAGGUUGGUGUGCUUCACACGACUUGCAAUGGUGAGCGGAGGAUCCGGGUCUUGACGCUCAGUAUACCGACGACACAGAACCUAGCGGAUGUAUAUGCAUCCGCGGACCAGCAGGCCAUCACCACCUACUUCUCGCACAAAGCGGUCGAGCGAGCACUGUCGUCUGGUCUGGACGCUGCGAGAGACGCCGUUCAAGCCAAGGUCAUCGAGCUGCUACAAACGUACAAAAAAGAACUUGGCGGUGGCAACAUGGGUGGCGGUGGGCUGCAGUUCCCGGCCAAUUUGCGCGGCUUGCCCAUGCUCUUUCUCGGUCUGAUGAAGAAUCUUGGCCUGCGAAAGUCGGCGCAAAUACCGACGGAUUUGCGCUCUGCGGCUCUAUGCCUGCUGUCAACGCUGCCCUUGCCGCUGCUAAUGCAGUACAUCUACCCACGUCUCUACAGCCUUCAUGACAUGCCGGACGACGCCGGUUUACCGCACGCAGAGACUGGGGCGAUCGUCAUGCCGCCAGCGCUCAACCUUAGCUCAGGAAACCUUGUGCCUUUCGGGCUUUACCUCAUCGAUGACGGGCAGACCCAGUUCCUAUGGCUCGGUCGGGAUGCUGUACCGGCACUUAUCAAUGACGUAUUCGGCAUGGAGGACAAGAACCAGCUUAAGCAGGGCAAGACCUCACUGCCUGUGCUCGACGGUGAUAUGAACGAAAGGGUGCGGGCGGUGGUGGAGAAGUCGGCGGAUCACAGAGGCAAGGGUUGUGGAAGCAUUACGCGGCCACCGCUGUACCUCAUUCGCGAGGACGGAGAGCCCAGCUUGAGGCUAUGGGCGCAGACGAUGUUGGUGGAGGAUAGGGCGGAUCAGGGCGUUAGUGGAGCGCAGUUCCUGGGCAUGCUUAGGGAGAAGGUCCUCUCGUAA